AUGGAACACUUCCAAUAUACGCAAGACUCCAGCUCAAACAACAUCAGAGUUGGUGGCGGUACGAGACUCGGCCAAAUCGAUGAGCACCUGGGCACUUCCCAGCGAGCGAUUCCUCAUGGAAUGUGCUUCGGCAUCGGCAUCGGAGGCCACGCUACCGUUGGUGGAAUUGGCCCAAUGUCCCGUAUGUGGGGUACCACCUUGGAUCAUGUGGUUGAAGUCGAGGUUGUCACGGCAAACGCGACGGUUGUACGCGCGAGCUCUGAGAAGAACUCGGACUUGUUCUUCGCUAUGAGGGGAGCUGGUGCUGGGUUCGGUAUCGUCACCGAGUUCGUCAUGAGUACUCAUCCAGCGCCAUCAAGUGUUAUCCACCUUAGCCAAAGUCAUUCGUAUAACCACCCAGCAGAGGUUGUCGAUGUCUUGCAUGCCUGGCAAUCUGUUGCCACCGACCCUGCCCUCGACAAUCGCUUCAGUACAGAAAUGAUCUUCAGCCCGUCGGGUGCUCGCAUCUCUUCUACAUGGGUCGGCUCAGAGACGGAGCUUGAGCGGAGUGGUAUACUCAGUCGCAUUCAAAUCGCUGAUAUCCCAAUCACAACUCGUCAAGAGACCUGGGAGAGUUCUCUUGCUCACCUCGCUGCCGAAGAAGCUCUCCAUACGGCUUCCACCCCGAACAAGCUUUACUCGAAGAGUUUGGGCUUGAGUAGCAGUGACGUUCUUUCCAGGACAGAGAUCGCCAGUAUUUUUGCCAGUCUGCCAGCUGAGCUCAUGAAAGAAGACUGGUCUAUCAAGUUCCAAGCUGCUGGCGGUGCUGUUGCAGAGGUUCCCGUUGGCAGUACAUCCUAUGCCCACAGAGACAAGGUAAUGUUCUAUCAAUCGUACGCCCCGGAUGCUUCAAAGACGACUCGCACCAGUCUUGCAGACUUUCACAGGAAGCUGAUGAACACUCUUCCUGAGGCCACUGGCACUUACCCAGGAUUUGUGGAUACGGAGCUUAGGGAUGCUCAGAGGUCAUACUGGGGUUCGAGUCUUGCUGCUCUGGAAGAUAUCAAGACACAUUGGGAUCCCGAGGAUAUUUUUCACAACCCCCAGAGUGUUUCUGCUCGUACUUGA